AUGAAGACACAACAACCAAAAAAUAUAAUUCAGAGACCAUCAAUCGAAAGUAUCAUCAAAGGGAGGGGUAAUACCAGUACCACCAUUCUAACAAAUUUGCAUGACAUUGCCAACGCUUUGCAAGUUCCUGACGAAUACAUUUUGAAAUAUUUACAAUUUGAUUUAUGUGCAGUGUCAAAAUUGAGGAAUCAUCAAGCGUAUAUUUGUGGCAUGCAUCAUGUCGAUCUUUGGAACAAGCCAUUGAGAAAUUUAUUUCACAAUUUGUGGUGUGUCCAAAGUGUUCUCUCCCAAACCAAUUGGAAUUUAUUAAACAAGUUCCUCAUUAUUCGACACUUGUGGACCAGCAACAUGAAAGAGUGCAAGAACCCAUCUUGA